AUGCUGAAGGAACUCUUGAAGAGAACGUUACGAAAGACUUCUUUGAAUUAUGAAGAAAUGACCACGGUUCUAUGCGACUGCGAGGCCAUCAUGAAUUCAAGACCGCUUAUCUACUUAGCCGAAGAAAACACAGAAGUUGCGGCUAUUACUCCCGCCAUGUUUAUUAAAGAUGUAAAAGAAAGUGGCGUUCCAGAUUUAGAUCAGAUUAACAGUUCUCACUUCGCAAAAAGGCUGCGCUAUCGUCAACGAUUAAGGGAAGAACUAAGAAAGCGCUUCCGCAUUGAAUAUCUAGGACAAUUAUCCCGACGAACCAAGUGCGAAAAUAACUACGCUCAAGUCGCUGUUGGCGAUGUUGUACUCAUCGGGAACGAUUUGCAGAAGCGUUUAGAUUGGCCGCUCGCCGUAGUCAAAGAAAUUUUCUUAGGAAAGGAUGGAUCAGUCCGCGUGGUAAAACUAACCACUGCAAAGGGUGAAUUAAUCCGGCCGGUACAAAGAUUGAUAUCCCUGGAAGUGAGACACUCCGAUGUCGAGAUCAACCAAUUACUAGAGACGUCAAAAGCUCAGGAACCGCCACAGAAAAUACUCGACGAAUCGAAACCUGCACCCAAAGAAGAAACGAGUCAUAAGACACGAAGCGGUCGUACGGUCAAGAAGCCUGUGCGACUUGGCUUUUAA